AUGUCUGGAAACUGGAAUGUCAAAGUUUGUUUGUUUAUGUCAUAAUAAAAACUUGAAAAUAUGAAUAGGAAUCCUGGAUUUCCAAAUUUUUAUGUAUGAUUCCGAAAUGUGCAUGAUUUGGAAAAUAUAGAUAUUGAAAUUCCAUUAUAGUUCCAUCAUACUAAUUCACAGGAAGUGAACAUUCAACACUCCCAUCAUGUCCCGUCAAAUGAGUCAGAACGAACGUAAACUCUCUGAAAAGCUAAUAAUCCUCAAUGACCGAGGUGUAGGCAUGCUCACAAGGAUAUACAACAUCAAAAAAGCUUGUGGAGAUGCCAAGUCCAAACCAGGCUUUUUGUCUGACAAAAACCUGGAAUCCUCUAUAAAAAACAUUGUCAGGAGAUUCCCCAAUAUCGAUGUAAAGAGCCUCACGCCUAUACAGAAUCUGAAAAAUGAAAUCAUCAAGUCUUUGUCUCUUUAUUACUACACUUUUGUAGACUUGCUGGAUUUCAAGGACCAUGUUUGUGAACUGUUAACUAGCAUGGAUGCCUUCCAAGUAGAUCUUGAUAUUACAGUAAACUUUGAGCUUACCAAGAGCUAUUUAGACCUAGUUACUACCUAUGUGUCUCUCAUGGUACUGCUGUCAAGAGUGGAAGACCGUAAAGCAGUUCUAGGACUUUUCAAUGCAGCUUAUGAAAUAGUUCACAAUUCACCAGAUCAAAGCUUCCCAAGACUUGGCAGCAUGAUUAUGGACUAUGACAUACCAUUCAAGAAGCUUUGUGAGGAGUUUGUGCCCCAUUAUAGGCUCCUAGCACAAGCUAUUGGGUCUUUGGUACCCAUUUAUAUCCCAAGAAAUGUGUCUGCAGAUAAGUGGCGAUCUGAACAAAAACUAACACUAGUAGGGAAUCCAUCAGCACUUUUAAAACCAGUGCUGAGUGAUAGAAUGUCAUGUGAGUUUCUGUCCCUAGACACAAUGGAAAAAUGGGUAGUUUUUGGCUUAUUAUUGAUACACAAUGUUCUCCUCCAACAAGACCAAUUCAAUAAGCUCUUCAUAAAUGCCCUGGAGUCUUCCUGGGUGAUACCAUUGUUCCGUGAUGAAGUAGUUUACAUCCACCAAUACAUCACUUCAUUUUUUGACACCCUCAAAGGUUAUGGCAAAAGAAUUUCUGAAGUGAAGGAUGCCCAUAACCAUGCCAUACAAAAAGCCGGGUACAACCACCGGGAACGCCGAAAAUUCCUGAGAACUGCCCUCAAAGAACUAGGCCUGAUCUUCAUGGACCAGCCUGGGUUGCUGGGCCCCAAAGCCCUGAUGAUCUUCAUGGGACUGUGCUAUUCCAGAGAUGAAGUCCUCUGGUUGUUGCGCCAUAAUGACAAUCCUCCUACUCACAAGACCAAGGGCAAAUCCACUGAAGAUCUUGUGGACAGGCACUUGCCUGAGCUGUUGUUCCACAUGGAAGAUUUAAGGGUGUUGGUAAGAAAGUAUAGUCAGGUGAUGCAGAGGUACUAUGUGCAAUAUUUGUCCCACUGGGAUGCCAUAACUCUCAAGGAGCUGAUGCAGAAGCUACAGGUUUGUCCUGAAGAUGAGGGAAUGAUUUUGUCUUCUUUGUGUAACACAGUAGCCAAUUUAUCAGUGAAACAAGUAGAGGAAAAUGAGACUUUUAAUUUUUUUGCAUUUAGGUUAGAUUGGUUCAGAUUUCAGGCUUACACCUCCACUGCCAAAUCUACCAUGAAACUCAUGGAUAACAGGAGUUUGGCUCAGCUUUUGGAUACUGUGCAAUUUCACACCAAAAUGGUGGACAAUUUGGAUGAGAUGCUGAGGGAAACCUCAGACUUGUCCAUUUUUUGUUUUUACAACCGGAUUUUUGAGGACCAAUUUCACAUGUGUCUAGAGUUCCCUGCGCAAAACCGGUUCAUUGUAGCUUUCCCAUCGAUUUGCAGCCAUUUCCAACAUUGCACCCAUGAGCUUUGCCCUGAGGAAAGACACCACAUCAGAGAACGCAGUCUCUCUGUAGUCAACAUGUUCCUAGAUGAAAUGGCAAAGGAGGCCAAGAACAUAAUAACAGCGAUUUGUGAUGCUCAGUGCAAAAUGAGCGACAAGCUGCUUCCCAAAAAUUGCGCCCACUUGAUAUCCCAGCAAAUCAACAGAAAGAAAAAGGAAAAGAACAAGAAAAACGCCGUGGAGUUCGAGAAACCCGGUAAGGAAAGCUACCGCAAGACCAGGGAAAACCUCACCACCAUGGACAAACUCCACAUGGCCCUCACAGAACUGUGCUACGCCAUCAACUACUUCUCCAACAUCAACGUUUGGGAGUACACUUUUGCUCCGCGAGAAUACCUUCACCAGCACCUAGAAAACCGGUUUGCCAAGGCCCUAGUGGGCAUGGUAAUGUUCAAUUCUGACACCAAUGAAAUCGCCAAACCCUCUGAGCUACUAGUCUGCGUCAGAUCCUAUAUGAACGUCCUACAAACUGUUGAAAACUAUGUGCACAUUGACAUCACCAGAGUUUUCAACAACUGCCUCUUGCAGCAAACCCAGCCCAUGGACUCCCAUGGGGAGAAAACCGUAGCCGCCAUCUACACCCAGUGGUACUCUGAGGUACUCCUUCGAAGGGUUAGCGCCGGAAAUAUCAUCUUUUCCAUGAACCAGCGCUCCUUUGUCAGUUUGACAGUUGAAGGGUCCAUUCCCUUCAACCCUGAAGAGUACUCUGACGUCAAUGAGCUGAGAGCUCUAGCUGAGCUGAUAGGGCCUUAUGGCAUGAAGCAGCUGAGUGAAACUCUGAUGUGGCACAUAGCUAGUCAAGUCGUUGAACUCAAAAAACUAGCGGAAAUGAACAAGGAUGUUCUGUUGUCCCUUCGUACAAAUUUCGAUAAGCCAGAGAUCAUGAAGGAACAAUUCAAAAAACUCAGCAAUGUUGAUAAUGUUUUGCAAAGAAUGACCAUUGUUGGGGUUAUAUUGAGCUUCCGGCACCUGUCGCAGUCUUGCCUCACGGACGUUCUGGAACAAAGAAUCCCGUUUCUGGUGAGCUCCAUCUUGGAUUUCAGACACCAUUUGCCGAGCGGCGAUCCUUUGAAGAUCGUCAGCGAGAUGACGUCAGCAGCCGGUCUACCUUGCAAGGUAGAUCCGACGCUUAUUUCUGCACUAAAGCUUCAAAAGCAGGAAGUCGAGGGGGAAAAUGAACACCUGUUGGUGUGCCUGCUUAUGGUUUUCGUUGCAGUUUCCAUACCGAGACUAGCAAAAUCCGAACAGUCAUUCUACAGGGCGUCUCUGGAAGGGCACACAAAUAACAUUCACUGUAUGGCCUUGGCUGUGAAUAAUAUUUUCGGGGCUUUGUUCACGAUUUGCGGGCAAGGCGAUAUUGAAGAUAGAAUGAAGGAGUUUUUGGCGCUGGCGUCUUCGAGUUUGUUGAGGUUAGGUCAGGAGGCGGACAAGGAAGUGAUAAGGAAUAGGGAGUCGGUGUAUUUGUUGUUGGAUCAGAUUGUGCAGGAGUCUCCUUUUCUUACUAUGGAUUUGUUAGAGUCUUGUUUUCCGUAUGCUCUGAUCAGGAAUGCUUAUCAUGAUGUUUACAAGCUAGAGCAGAAUAUGUAAGGUUUUUGUCAAUAGGGCUCGGAAGAAUGGUUUUUUUGAGUGUAUAAUUUCUUGGGAGAUAUUCCAAUGCUGCCCAUGUAACCAGUUGUACCUUGUAUAUCAUUUACCUACUAACUCAGAAUCACUGCACUAGAAGUUUUCAUUUUGUUGAUGGUAGGUAGAUAUCCAAAUAUAUUCCUGAUUUCAUCAACAUUUCAC